GCUGAGUGUCCGGAGUUCUUCCCGGGGCUGGGAAUUCCAGAGGCUCUGUGGCUGCCGGAGUGCAGAGCGCGCAUCGCCCAGGUUUCUCGGCGAGCUGACCCGCCGAGCCACCGUAGGGACCGUCGGCCGUCCGGCGCGCGCCCGGCUGCCUCACCUGGGGAGGCGUUAGGACGUGAGGUACUCUUCUCACGUGACCAUCACAAGUCUCCCCAUUGGCUCUUGCUCCUCUCUGCCGCCCACGGGAGUGGCCCGCGGAGCUGCCCGCGCGCACGCGCACUGCUCGGAUUUCCUCGGCCACCUAAGAGCGGAGCGGCGGGGCUGGGCGAUAAACAGGCUGAGGCUGGGAAGGAAGGGGAGGGGGCGUUCGUCGUUCCUCCGGCCUCGUUUUCCUUAGACGGAAGGCUUUAGUCGUGACAGGGGGUCCCAGCAGGCAGCUUGAGCCUACUUUUCCCUUGUGAAAGGGGGAAAGCAGCCCCUGCGGAAGGCGGUUAAAUUACGUAGGGGGAGCGAGACGGGAGUUCUCCCCCGUGCUAGGCGAAUGGUGCGGCCCUGAGCUGGUCCAGGAGUUGGCUCGAAGAGUCUGAGAGGCCCCAGAAGGGGGACUGGAAAGUGGACCUCAGAACGUGGGUUCUGUGAAGAGACGUGGGGAAAAUUCGGUUCCGAGGAGAGGAAGAGUCCGGUUCAAAGGGAGCGAGGACGCUGAGGGGGGAGGGGGCUGCCAAGAUGGCGACGGCCUCUUGUGGGCCGUCGGCGGUCGGGUGUUCAGCCUUGGAUUCCGGGAUCCCUUCUGGUACCUCGGUCUCAGCAGCAGCACCUGGAAUUAAGAAACCUGUGGCACCUGAGGUUCCCUAUACUCCUGGCAUGACCAUCAAGAAAAUAGGCCACCGAAGUGUUGAUUCCUCAGGAGAGACAACAUAUAAAAAGACCACCUCAUCAGCCUUGAAGGGUGCCAUCCAGUUGGGCAUUACACACACUGUGGGGAGCCUGAGUACCAAACCCGAACGGGAUGUCCUCAUGCAAGACUUCUACGUGGUGGAGAGUAUCUUCUUCCCCAGUGAAGGGAGCAACCUAACUCCUGCCCACCACUACAAUGACUUUCGUUUCAAGACCUAUGCACCAGUUGCCUUUCGCUACUUCCGAGAGCUAUUUGGGAUCCGGCCUGAUGAUUACUUGUACUCCCUCUGCAGUGAGCCGCUGAUUGAGCUCUGCAACUCUGGAGCUAGUGGGUCCCUUUUUUAUGUAUCAAGUGAUGACGAAUUUAUCAUCAAGACAGUUCAGCAUAAAGAGGCGGAGUUUUUGCAGAAGCUGCUUCCGGGAUAUUACAUGAACCUCAACCAGAACCCUCGCACUUUGCUGCCUAAAUUCUAUGGACUGUACUGUGUGCAGGCAGGAGGCAAGAACAUUCGAAUUGUGGUGAUGAAUAAUCUCUUGCCACGAUCAGUCAAGAUGCAUAUGAAAUAUGACCUUAAGGGUUCAACCUACAAGCGACGGGCUUCCCAGAAAGAACGAGAGAAGCUUCUCCCCACGUUUAAAGACUUGGACUUCUUACAAGACAUCCCAGAUGGGCUUUUUUUGGAUGCUGACAUGUACAAUGCUCUGUGUAAGACCCUGCAGCGUGACUGUUUGGUACUCCAAAGCUUCAAGAUAAUGGACUACAGCCUCUUGAUGUCAAUCCACAACAUAGACCAUGCACAACGGGAGCCCUUGAACAGCGAAACACAGUACUCAGUGGACACUCGCAGACCAGCACCCCAAAAGGCUCUGUACUCCACAGCCAUGGAAUCCAUCCAGGGCGAGGCUCGACGGGGUGGCACUAUGGAGACUGAUGACCACAUGGGUGGCAUCCCUGCCCGGAAUAAUAAAGGGGAAAGGCUCCUGCUUUACAUUGGCAUCAUUGAUAUUCUGCAGUCCUACAGGUUUGUUAAGAAGUUGGAGCACUCCUGGAAAGCGUUGGUACAUGAUGGAGACACCGUAUCAGUGCAUCGUCCAAGCUUCUAUGCUGAACGGUUCCAGCGCUUCAUGUGCAAUACAGUGUUCAAGAAGAUCCCCUUGAAGCCCUCUCCUUCCAAAAAGUUUCGGUCUGGCUCAUCUUUCUCUCGGCGAGCAGGCCCCAGCAACAACGCCUGCGUUACUUACCAGCCAUCCAUCUCUGGGGAGCACAAGGCACAAGUGACAACAAAGGCAGAAGUGGAGCCAGAUGUCCACCUUGGUCGUCCUGAUGUUUUACCUCAGACUCCGCCUUUGGAGGAAGUCAGUGAGGGCUCACCUGUUCCUGGCUCCACUUUCUCACCUGCGAUUGGGGAACCCUCACCAGUGCUAAACAUAAGUUCGACUUUGGAGAAGCUGGAAGUUGUAGAAUCAGAGUUCCCCAUGUGAUGAGCAAAAUAGCUCAGAAGACCUGGGUAAAGAGUUACCAGCCAUUUUAUGUCAGCCCUUGGCCCAGGAUUGCUGAGUUUUCUUCUUAAAGGAAUGUCAUAUGGAGAAUAGGGGAGCUCUUUGUCUCCUUUUGAAGAAACUCCUCUUCCUCAUGAAUGAAUGCGGAGGACAGCAGCAUCCUUUCUGCUUCAGAGCUCAGUGGUGUGAAUUCUCAACUGACUGACGUUGGCAUCUGCAGUGGAAUUUUUCAUGCCCCAUCCUUUGUGCUGCAAGCGCGGUUGCUGGACUUGAUUCUCUUCCUCCUCAUCUACCUUUUCCCAGGAGUUGGACUCUCCGUUUCCUCAGGACAUGCUGCUGGCACAUCAUUCCCACUUGAGCUAAAUCCCUCUCAUCCCUAGGAGAAGGUGCCUGUGAUCUUUGUAAAGGUCUUUGGAGGUGUCAGAGUGUUUAACCACCUCCCUGACUUUCUUCUUUAUCCUUAAGAAAGGAGAAGAAUGAACAGCACAACGAGCACAAUUUCCAGCCAGUCUCGGGGCAGCCCUCCAGAAGCACUCCCUCUGAUGAGCCCUGGUAUUUAUGAAGCGCAAGUGUGGCAAGUGCUCUGCCUGGAACUCCUCUCUUGAUGACUUUUCUUAAGGCUGAAGAAAUGAAGAGAGUGGGACACGGGGUUUAAAAAAUGUUUACCCCUUUUAUGGUAACAGUGGGGCAGCCAAGAGACUUAGGAAGUUGUAGCCCUUCCUAGGCAGGGCCCUCUUCACUGCCAGGCCAUAAGGAUUAUGAUUUUACAAUUUGUAGUGUAUUCUGGUGGUUUUUCUAGACACGAAGACUUAUCAAAUGAAUUUUAGAUCAUUCUCCAAAGGAGAUUGUUUCUUUGCUUUUCCCCAUCCUUUCCAGUAGUGCUCCUGGAGAUGGGGACACUUGUGUCUGUUUAGCAGAGAGUUUAUGAAGCUCAAAAAAGAUCCUCAGGUUCCUGAGGAGCCGGCUGAUGGCUGCCUCUCAGAAAUCGUUGCUCUGUCACAGGCCCUGCCACCUGGCUGCUGCAG